UCCGGUAUUCGCCAUAGUGAUAGUGACUUGAGGGCAUUGCCAUGACAAUUGGAAUUUGUUUGACAAGUUUACGUUGAUAUCGCAACUGAAAAUAUCUAUUGAUCUAACAGAAUUGGGAAGCAGAGAUGAAAAGAAAAGAAGCUGCUUUGAACGGUGAAUUCGAGCAGGACUUGCCUCCGGUCAGAAGUAAGGUGAAGAAAGAGAGGCCAGUUGUGGUGAAGAAGAAACCGGAGAAGAAAAUUAAAGGUUCUGAUUACUCAUCAUGGGACAAGUAUGAUGUUGAUAAGGCAUGUGAGGAAGUAGAUAUGCAAGAUAUUGGACCAUCCUCAUUGGACAGUAAGAAAAGUCAAUUAGCCAAGCUGGAGAAACUACGGGAAGAAGCGCAGUACGAGAAGGAGAGGGGCAACACAUUUGUGAAGCAGGAGAAAUGGGACGAUGCUAUAUCAUGUUACAACCGAGCCAUAGAGUUAGUGAGAGACGAUGCUAUUUACUAUGCUAAUAGAGGGCUGUGUUUCUUAAAGAAAGACAGCCUCCACCUAGCAGAGUCCGACUGUUCGGAAGCGAUCCGGCUGGACCCGUCGUACGUGAAAGCGUACCAGCGGCGCGCGUCGGCCCGCGAGCGCCUCGGCUCGCUGCGCGCCGCCUCGCGCGACCUGGCGGAGGUGCUGCGGCUGGAGCCACACAACCACGCCGCCAGGAAACAGCUUGAUGCCAUCAAAGCGAGGAUGGGGACCAAAGGGGCCAAAUCAAAAUCAUCACCAUCAUCAACACCUACAGUUGAAAGUAAACCACUGACCAAGCCGACACAGCCAAAGAUAGUGGAACUCCCUCCAGAACCAAAGGUCUCUGCUGAUGAUGAGUGGAGAAACGGAGCGGGAGAGAAUAUUAUGGUCAUUAAACCUGUUAAGAAACCACCGCAUUUGAGAUCGAAGCGCCCCCUAAAAUCAAUUCCAAUCCAAGAAAUCCAACUAGGCAAAACGACACCAGAAAAGCCGCCAACCCGUCUCAAAAUCAUAGAAAUAGACGACCAAACCCAUGGAGACUCCAACAACAACGAUUCUAAUAAAAUCGACGAUACUCCGAAGAAUAUGAAAGGGGAAGGAGACGUCGCUAGUCCAGAGUCGGUGAAGCUGGUCACUGAUGGUGCAGUCAAGGAGAAAGAUGUUAAGACUUUAGUCCCUCCAACCAAUAGUGUUCAAUUUAUGUCUGAAUGGAAGUAUUUGAAGGGACAGUGGGAGGCGCGGUGUGAAUAUCUAAGUAUAAUCGAGCCCUCAAAGAUCCCGUCGAUAUUCGCCAACGCGUUAGAGAGCGACGUGUUGUCGGACGUGGUCCGCAUCCUGCACGACAACAGCGACCGCUUCGCCGGGCGCGUGGCCGCCUACCUCACGCAGCUCAGCAACGUCAAGCGGUUCUCAGCAAUCGCUAUGUUCCUGUCGCCUAAUGAUAAACAAAUGCUCAACAAAUUGCUCGACCACUGCAAGGUAGCAGAGAACACAAGUGAAGACGCCAUCGCCGAUCUGAAGAACAAAUACGAACUUUAAUCACUUAGUUAUAUAAAUAUAUGAAUAAUUUCCCUUUGAAAUGGUGCUUGCAAAAUCCUAUAUGACACAUACUUUUAAAUAAUAAUAAAGAAAGAAAUAAUUAAUAACCUCAAAUAUCAAUGACCUUCUUUGUUAAAACAGAAACUUUGGAUGGAAACACAGAACAGAAAAUCUCAAUUUUCUAUAGAUCGUUAACGCCAUGCAACGUUGUGUUUCUCUCUCUCUCUCUCUAUUGGAACAGAAAAGUAGAAAAGGAAAUUCUCAAAGAGCGGUAUAAGGACAAAAUAUUAUUUCUAAUUUUUACUGUUCCGGAUUAAUUUCGUUGCGUGCUCCAAGAUAGUCAAGUGUUUCGUUUUUUUUCGUUCAUUUUAUUGUAGAUCGUGGCUUACAGGAGUUACAUUGACGUCAAUGUAUGGUGCUUUGUCCCAUUUAAAAAGAUUUUGACAGUGCUUUGUCUUGUCUAAAGCAAUGUUGAGAUACUUCCUUUUAGUUUUGGUUUAUCAAAAAUAAAUUGUUUAUAUAUGAUAAAUUACAAAACAUCGAUUUUUAAUUUAUGAUAGGAUGUUUUUUUCUCUCAAUCUUGAUCACUCCAAAUGUAUGCUACAAAAGUUCUCUUUUCAACCAUUUUAUGACUAUAAAACAGUUAAAUUUAUCUAUCAAAUAAAAUAAAUGCAACAAUUUUACUUAGUACACACGCCACAUGAUAAUACACAGUCAUGUAAGAGAAAUAUAUAAUUAAAGAAAUAAAGUAUAAUAAACAAAUAGUUCGCGUUUUAAUAAAUACAGUUAAUCAAAUCUUAUAUACAUAUAAAAUUCUCGUAUCUGUACUUUAUCACCAUAAUCCUACGAAAUGGAUAGACCGAUUUUAAUCAAAUUUAAAUAUUUAGUAGCUCUCAAAAUCGGCUACUAUCCAUUUUAUAUACCCCACAAUGAUAAGGUUCGUCCAACCCUAACCUCUUAUUAGUGUACGAUGUUUUUUAUACAACAUAAAUUCCCUAUUAAUAAUAAUAAUAUGAAAAAACAAUGUUUGCAGUGUUAGCUAUUAUAUAACUUUAUCUGUACAUGAGAUGAUAUUAUUUUACUUCAUGUAGCAAUUAAGGCGAGAAAUGAAGUUGUAUUUAUAAUGACAGAUACUUAUAUUUACAACCAAACCACAUGCAUUUUAAUCCUAUUAUAGCGUCGAAUAUAAAAGCCGUAAAUUAAGAUUACAAUAAAACUCAUUUAAAUAGUCAAUUAUAAUAUUCGGUUUUGUUAAUUCAAGACCUUAUUAAACACAGUUAACUAUCCCGUUCAGUAAAACUAGACGGGUAAUAUAACUGGAAUAGGAUUUUUUAUUAAAAAAUAUAUAAAAUUCAGUCAAUAUUUAUUACAUGAAUGCAUUUUAAAUAGGUAUAUUUGCAUAUGGGAUUUUGCAAAUGCUAUUAUCAUAUCAUUACUUGAGAUUCUAGAAAUAAGUGGAUUAAUAAUUGUUUUAUAAGCAACGCAAUAGCGAUUGGGGUCUAAAUAAAGUAAAAGCCUGCACACAGGGUAUCUGCAUGGUUCUGUUAAAUGACAGAAAUAUUGCUUUAAAAAAAUAAAUUAUAUUUAACUUUAUAAUAAUAAUUAUGCAAAUCAGAUCUCUCUUUGACAGUCAUAUCCCUGUUGCGUUGUUUAUGUAUUAAAUACAACGUGUAUCAAAAUAAACGCAAGACCCUACAAGGGGACAUUGUAUUCGUCAUUUUAAACAACUUUUAUCAUUGGAAUAGAUGACUAUAAUCGCGAAAAAAAAAACGAAAUCUCAAUACACAUCUGAGCGCACGACUUGAUAAAAAAUGUACUGAACAGCAUUUUUUUUGCGUUUGCAGUAUUGGUUCCAUAAUAAAAGUUGUUCAUAAUGAUGAGUGUAGCGACAGCUUUCAAGGUUUAUUCUUUAACACGUUGUAUAAUUUCAGUUGCUGCUGAUUUCAGAAAUUCGGACCCUUUAAGUCUGUUAUUGAAUCAACUGACCCCUACAAAGUACUGUAAACGCCGAAUCAAAUGACAACUAUUCAAAGAAAAUUUAAUAUCUUUGACUGGUCGUAAUUUUUUGAUCAACCAAUAACAGUCGAGAGCAGUAGAUUUGACAGAUUGUCUAUUUCUUAAGUCCACUUAUUUCUAGAAUCCAUAAUAAUUGUCACGUGACUUCUAAGUCUAUUUGAGAAAGGAACAACUUCAAUAUUAUAACGUUACACCUUUCAAUAUUAAAAUUUGUUUUGAUCGAGACGGCACACUCAUCCCCCACAAUGAUAAUAGUCCUGCCUAUGACUCAUAGUCAAACGCACCUAUUAUUGAUAAACAACUAACGUUAAGAGCUAGCAGUCACUGGCAUUUGCAAGACAGUCGGGCAACUGUCUCUCAACUAAAAAGAAACUGUAUUGUCUGUUAUAAUAAGUUAUUUAUUAAAGUGACCAUGACUCAUUAUAGUUAGUAAAACUUAAAAACUAUCACUGUAAGAGACCAGUAUCGUAUCGUCGACAAAAAGUUUCGGUUUAGCUAAAAGACAGUUGGAAGACUUUCUUGAUAGUACUUUUUUGCAUUUAGGUUUUAAUUAUAAAAUAUUUAUUUCAAUGAAUGGAGUAAACAGAAAAAAGGAGUCCACUCAUAUCGUGUAACGUUACAAAAACUACGGAGUCACGUGACAUUUCGAAUCAUUUAUUUGUUAAGUCAUUAUUGUGACGGAAUUAGGUUUUCUUUUUAAUAAUUAUGGUGCAGAGUAGCGUUUUGAGUUCUGUGAUUGAUUUUAAGCCCCAAUUAUAGAUUAUGGAUUUUUA